AUGGCUCGGGCUACCGGCGGGAACGGCAGCGAGGAGGCCUGGGGGGCACUUCGGGUGCGGCAACAGCAGAGUCUGGCAGCGUCUUCUCUUGAGGGAGCAAUUUGGAGAAGAGAUGGAACCCAGAAUCACGCCGUGGAUGCCAUCCUUUAUCAUCCACAGCAAUCCCAUCUGCUUCGAGAGCUGUGCCCAGGAGUGAACAACCAGCCCUACCUCUGUGAGAGUGGUCACUGCUGUGGGGAGACUGGCUGCUGCACGUACUACUAUGAGCUCUGGUGGUUCUGGCUGCUCUGGACUGUCCUCAUUCUCUUUAGCUGCUGUUGCGCCUUCCGCCAUCGACGAGCUAAACUCCGGCUGCAGCAGCAGCAGCGGCAGCGUGAGAUCAACUUGUUGGCCUACCAUGGGGCAUGCCAUGGGGCUGGCCCUGUCCCUGCUGGCUCACUGCUUGACCUUCGCCUCCUCAGCGCCUUCAAACCCCCAGCCUAUGAGGAUGUGGUUCACCGCCCAGGCACACCACCGCCUCCUUACACUGCAGCCACAGGCUGCCCCUCGACGGCUUCCAGUCAAUGCACCUGCUGCUCCUCCGCUUCCAGCUGUCCUGCCCACCAUGAGGGAACAAAUGUGGAAGAUGUUUCCUCCCACCAGAGUGCCCCUCCUCAUCAGGAGGGUGAGCUUGGGGCAGGAGUGAGCCCUGCCCCCACACCCCCCUCCUGCCGCUAUCGCCGCCUGACUGGUGACUCAGGUAUUGAGCUCUGCCCUUGUCCUGACUCCAGUGAGGGUGAGCCAGUCAAGGAGGCUAGGGUUAGUGCCACCCUACGAGAGGUGGAGGACCAGUCCCCUUGUGCACGGCCCCUAAAUCCAGCACCCCAAGUCUCUCCUGCGGGGCUGGCUUCCAGUGAAGGGGACAUCCCAUAA